AUGGUGAAUGCGAACUCUAUCAAGCCACUCCAGCAGGAAGCGUUAGCCAGUACCACAACUCCAGCGCCAGAUCCUAAUACUUUAGGUGUCGCUCAACAAGACGUUGCGAAGGCUGCGUCGGAUGAUGCGUCUGCUCAGAAAGCUCCCAAGAGACGUACCAAAACAGGAUGUCUAACCUGUCGGCAACGCCGCAUUAAAUGCGGGGAAGAGAAGCCCAUAUGCAAGAAUUGCAUCAAAUCGAAACGCGAGUGCAAAGGAUAUGCCCAGCGCUUAGUCUUCAAGAACCCUCUGGGUAUUCCCGGAUUUUCGAAUCUCCAGCAGGCAUUCAGUGCAACGACAGUAGCAUUUCCCAGCGGAUGUGACGCUCCUUUAUCCUCGCAUGAGAAAUCAGGGGGUCCUCACCAACCAGUUCUGGCCCCUAGACCGGUUCCAGUUCCAAGUACGGGACAUGUUCCUGCGCCGACCACCGGUGUUCCGCUGCCACAGGAAAGCCAACGAUCUGAUGCUGUGCCAAUGCCUUAUACCCUGGGCGCGAGGCAGACUGUGGUGCCUUCGGUUACAGGAUAUUCUGUAGCUUCUGGGCGCCCCUCAUGGGUGCCGUCACAAUCGCAGACCAUGGAACCAGAAAUAACAGAAGGCUACAUACACCAUGACAUGCAUUGUUCCUCCAUUCCAAACCAUAUCCCUGACAACCAAGAAAGCAACUCUCCCUCGCACUUGCCUGUCAUGGCCCAAUUGCUAACAAACACUACGAUGGAUUCCAGCAGUGCCUCUAGUUUACCCCAGGUACUAACCCCCCCUGGGAUACGAACUACAAACGCUUCUCGGGAAGAACAGCUAUUGCAUCAAUAUGUACCGUUUCAUCCCUCGAUAUCUCCAUCCCAGGUGACAUAUAUGGAUGAAGAUGACGAUGACUACUAUGAUGUUGAGUCCGACGAGGAACCAGAAGACCAGACCUCUGCCCAGAACUUCAACCAGUUAAGUCUCAUCAUGACUUCUGCUAAUAGAGAUGAACGGCAACUCCGCUCGUUUACAACCUACUUGAACGAGCCUAACAUAUUAGCCUCAUACCGUCCCACUCUUGGUUCCUCUCCUUUGAACAAUCCCAAAACCGCUCGGAUAUUCCUUCAUUUUAUUCAUUCAACAGGACCUUCUCUGUCGAUCUUUGAGCGCCACCCCAUUGAUCCUUCAACUAUGUUCGGCGCCCCAGUCUCAGCAGCACAGCAAGGCCUAUGGACGUACACAUUGCCAUUCAAGGCGUUAGAGCACCCGGCGUUGCUUCAAGCUAUCCUUGCGCUUAGUAGCUUACACAUUUCGUUCUUGCAGCAAGUGAUGCCGACAGUUUCCAUGAAGCAUUAUCACUACGCCCUGAAAAGAAUUGGGGUAGCAGUAGGCCUCCCCAUGAGACGUAAACAAGUCGGUACUUUAGCUGCGGCCCUGAUAUUAGGAUACUACGAAGUGAUGGCGGCCGAUCCAUCAAAAUGGAACAAUCAUAUUGCAGGAGCAGCUCAUCUAGUGCGUGAGAUUGACUACGCCAGCAUAACGCGGGAUCUUCGUUCCCAUCGACGCAGGGUAUGGGCUCAACGACAGGAAAUAGGCAGCUUUGGCUUUCCGCUUGCUGGAGGUCAUUCCUAUGGUAACGCAUUUUCAGAGGACGACCCUUUUGCUGAAAAGGAAAAUAGUAUCGAUGAAGAGAUCAUAGGUACCAUUGUCGGCCGUGGGGUCAACUACGAUGAUUUUGGAAAAGUUGACGAUGGCUUUGAUAGGCGAUCGUAUCAAAGGCACUUCACUCGAAAGGAUAUCGAAAAUUUCCGGGUUCAGUGCGACCUAUAUUGGUGGUAUUUCAAGCAAGACAUUUUCCAGAGCAUGCUUACUGGUAAUGGGAUUUUUAUGCCCUGUUCACAAUGGGGUCAGUGCCCUCCACGAGCAGGCUUAGGUAGAUUGGACGCCAUAUAUGGCUCAGCAGACCAUUUGUGGCUCCUACUUGCCCGACUGACCGAUUUUGGACGUCGGGAUAGGAAAAGAAAAUUGAUGGCCACAACAGCAACGGGGUCAAAUUGGAGGCCGGGCCCUGAGCUCUCCAAAUUCAUGGCCCGUUUCGCUAAGGGCCCUCCGGAUGCACGGGCCAGGCCCCCUUCGAACCCGUCGUCCAACACAUCUCCUGCCUUUUCUGGUGUCCCUGCUGGAGCACAGGCGCACGGUGCCAAAAGCGCUGGGCCUAGUCCGCGGUCUGGAGGUGGGUCGAAAAAGUCGGUAUCGGGAACAUCACCAGAGCCACGCCAGUCACAGAGUAGUCCUGAAUCACAACCAGAAGCUUCUCCCAUGUAUGGUAUGGUUCCAACGAGUGGAUCCAAGCGAGUGCCUUUAGCGUUUGUCCAUGCCGCGACUCAAGCUGGCUCUGUCGGACAAGAUGAUGAGGCCUUUGAAACUUUAUCAUACAAUGAAGCUGAACAGGAGUGGGAGAGAAUUCUAGCGGCCUUUGAGACAUUUGCUCAGGCUUUUGGGCCCUACUUCAGGCCCCUACCUCCUGAUAGUGCUCCUCCCAUAUCGACUGUAUUUGGACCCGCCCUUCAGUACCGUACGCAUACGAUUGCAGUAAUAUGGGGUUAUUACUACACAGGACGCAUGCUUUUGCACAGAUUGCAUCCGUCUAUGCCACCUGCGAUGAUGGUUGCUGCGGGCGUAGCUGCACCUACCACAACGGACUUUUCUCAAGCCGUUGGAAAGAUUGCGGCCGGUAUUUACUACCCACAACUGUUUAAUUUAGAAGCAGGAAGUUUGAGCCCCACCCUAGGCUCUUGUCUGAUCGAAAUCACCGUGCCUAUCUUCUUCUCUGCCGUACAAUAUACGGUCCCCGCACAGCGUGAAUGGAUUGUCACCACACUGCGCAGUGUAUCCCGUUUGACGGGUUGGAAAGCGUCGGAUGCCAUAGUUAGCGGAUGUGAGAGCGCAUGGAGAGUUGCCGCGAAGCAAGGGCGUGGUCCUCCGUAUCAUCCACCAAAUGAAGCUGCUCGGCAUCAGGAGCCAGCUUGGAUGUCGGCCGCGGAAGGUCAGACUAAUGGCAACAUCGAAAGGCGGCUUGUUAGAGUCAGACCUCCGUAUACGCGCUAUGCAAUGGGGAUUUUGAGCUUGGAGGACGAUAUGGUGAACUUGGGUAUAGACGACCGGGUGUAG